AUGAAGGGCGAGAUUCUUCACCUCCACCUCGGCCAGGCUGGUACCCAGCUCGGCAACAGCGCCUGGGAGCUGUACUUGCUCGAGCAUGGUCUCGGACGCGAUGGUCGCCCGGACCCCAACGUGAAGGACGUGGUCGAGGGUGGCUCCUACGAGACCUUCUUCACCGAGACCAGCGGCGGCAAGUACGUGCCCCGCUCCAUCUUCGUCGACCUCGACCCGUCGCCCAUUGACGAGAUCCGCACCGGUGACUACCGCCAGCUCUUCCACCCCGAGCUGCUGAUCAGCGGCAAGGAGGAUGCCGCCAACAACUAUGCCCGUGGCCACUACACCAUUGGCAAGGAGAUGGUCGACAAUGUCGUCGACCGCAUCCGCCGCGUUGCCGACAACUGCAAUGCCCUCCAGGGCUUCCUGAUCUUCCACUCCUUCGGUGGUGGUACUGGUUCUGGUUUCGGUGCUCUGCUCCUCGAGCGCCUCUCGACCGAGUACGGCAAGAAGAGCAAGCUCGAGUUCGCCGUCUACCCGGCGCCCCGUGUCUCGACCGCCGUCGUGGAGCCCUACAACGCCGUUCUGUCCACCCACAGCACCAUCGAGAACUCGGACUGUACCUUCUUGGUUGACAACGAGGCUGUCUACGACAUCUGCAAGCGCAACUUGGACAUCCCCCGUCCCAACUACGAGCACCUGAACCGCUUGAUCGCCCAGGUCGUCAGCUCCAUCACCUCGUCUCUGCGAUUCGAUGGUGCCCUGAACGUCGACUUGAACGAGUUCCAGACCAACCUUGUCCCCUACCCCCGUAUCCACUACCCCCUGAUCAGCUACGCUCCCGUUGUGUCGGCCGCCAAGAGCUCGCACGAGAGCUUCAAGGUUCACGACCUCACCUUCCAAUGCUUUGAGCCCAACAACCAGAUGGUUGUCUGUGACCCCCGCAAUGGAAAGUACAUGGCCGUUGCUCUGCUGUACCGUGGUGACGUCGUUCCCCGGGACUGCAGCGCCGCCAUUGCUGCUCUCAAGGCCAAGGCCUCGUUCAACCUUGUCGAGUGGUGCCCCACUGGUUUCAAGCUCGGCAUCAACUACCAGAAGCCCAUGGCCGUCCCUACCGCGUCGCCCUCGGAUGGCGGUCUGGCUUCGGUCGACCGCUCCGUGUCCAUGCUGUCCAACACCACCGCCAUCGCCGAGGCCUGGUCGCGUCUUGACCAGAAGUUCGACCUCAUGUACAGCAAGCGCGCCUUCGUCCACUGGUACGUCGGUGAGGGUAUGGAGGAGGGUGAAUUCUCCGAGGCGCGUGAGGAUCUUGCGGCUCUGGAGAAGGACUACGAGGAGGUUGCGGCCGACAGCUUCGAGCCCGAGGAGGAUGAUGCCGAGUACUAA